UUUUCUUUAUUUUCUUAUCAUUUCGUUGGAUACGAUUAAUGUACGAUCAAAUUAAAAUAAUAACUCUUUAGUCUUUACCUUUUAUUCUUUAAAAUAGUGCCACUAACCGAACACAACAAACAUUUUGUUUUUUGUUUUUUACACAGUCGAGGUGCUCUGUAAAUAGUAACAUAUAUAUAUUAUAUUUAUUGUAAUUCUUAUAACCUUCGACUUUACGUUUCGGUCGUUGGCUUUUUUGUCAGACUGUCUGGCAAUCGAUACAUAGUAUAAAUUAUAAGACUCCAGAGCAACAACCACAUACUAAUCAUGUCUGACGACCAGUUUCCUGACUACCUUAAUGUCUACUACAAAAAAUUGUUUCCGUACUCGCAGUUUCACAAGUGGUUGUCCUACGGAAAUGUGAAACCAGAAAACUUUUUAAACAGAGAAUUUUCAUUCACAUUACAUGAAGAUAUUUAUAUUAGGUAUCAAUCGUUCAACACAUUGCAAGAAUUUGAAACCGAAAUCCAAAAUAGAUGUCCUUUCAAAAUAGAUAUUGGAGCUGUGUUCAAUAUGAGUCCCAAAGUCUGCCGAAAUUAUCCUCAGUUCCAUGCUCUUGAAAAAGAACUAGUGAUUGAUAUUGAUAUGACUGAUUAUGAUCAUAUCCGUACUUGUUGUUCGGGUGCUGACGUGUGUCAAAAAUGUUGGAGAUUUAUGGUUAUUGCUGUAAAAAUAUUGGAACGAGCUAUUCGGGAUGAUUUUGGAUGGAAGCACCUGCUGUGGGUAUUCUCAGGUCGUCGAGGUAUCCAUUGUUGGAUAUGUGAUGAAUCUGCAAGAAAACUCUUACCUUCUGAACGUGGAUCAUUCAUUGAUUAUUUGGCAGUAUUAACUGCAGGGGAUUCAAAAAGAUGUAAUGUGAAUCACCCAUCUGUGAAACGUAGUAUUGCCAUUAUAAAAGAAGAGUUCAAUUCACUUCUUUCUGAGCAAGAUUUCUUAGGAACAACAGAACAGUGUAAUAAAAUUUUGUCAUUUAUAGCUGAUGAAAAACUUAAAGAACAAAUUAAUUUACAAUUUUCUAAAUAUCAAAGUAGUAUACAACGAUGGGAAGCGCUUACUGUUAUUGUUGAUAAUAACCAUAAAAGGGGGCUAUUGAACUUUAAAACUAAACAUUGUGUAGAAGAUAUUUUAUUGUACUUGGCAUAUCCAAGACUUGAUGUGAAUGUAACAAAAGGGUUAAAUCACUUGUUAAAGUCUCCCUUCUGUGUUCAUCCAAAAACUGGAAAAGUUUGUAUACCGAUUAACCCAAAAGUUAUAGAGAAGUUCAACCCAAAUACUGUACCUACUGUCAAUGUUUUAAUUGAUGAAAUUAAUGAGUAUGACAAAAAACAAAAAGAAAUUAUUAAUGAUGCAAAUCUUAGUAGUAAUCGCUUAAAGGAUUAUAAAAAAACUUCAUUAUUAAAAAGCGUCAAUAUCUUUGAAGAAUUUUUAAGGAAUUUAGAAAAUACUUGGAAAGGAAGUAGAAUAAAACAAAGUGAUAUUAAAAUGGAAUUUUAGAAUGUGUGGCAUCUUCACUGUUAAAAUAUUGUGAAAUCAGCGAAUGAAUGGUGAAAUUUAUUUCUACAGUAUUAUUCUUAAAACUUUUAAAAUAAAAUAUUUUUUGAAACAAUAUGUAUUUUAUUUCAUACUUCACUUCGGAUAUACCGUAUAAUUUUAAUCAGUGAACUUGGAAAGCUUGGAUUUCAAUAUGUGACAGAGUAUGUGUAAUUACCAAGGCUCUGAAGUUGUAGCAGUAAAAAUGUUACCAUUUAGCUCUUAAAUAUGCACUUAAAAACUUCAAUAAUAGCACGAAAAAUCUAAUUA